UCUCCUCACGACUACCCGGUUGUGGCAGGAUCGGAGCACUGGAAAAGAAAAGUCCGCACUUUUUUCAGAGCCCAUGAUGUAGACCGCGACGGAUAUCUGACCAAAAGAGAUUUUGAGAUGACUGCUCAUCGUAUUGCCGCUUUCAUGAACCUUGAUGACAAAUCGGCACAGGAUUUACUGAAAAAUCGUUUGAAAAUCUGGGAAGCAAUUGUUCAAGGCGGGGACCCUGAUAGUUCCAAGGUAUCUGAGGAAGUUUAUUUUUCUAAUCUUCUCGCUUCCCUAAAUUCCAACUUUCGCGAUUUAGCUGUUGGUUUCGUAAACAAUGACUUUGAUACAAUGGAUCUUGACGGUGACGGUUUCAUCUCCCCGAAGGAACACAGAGCAUUUUUCUACGGCUUUGGAAUUCCGACAGAGCAUUCUGCGGCAGUCUUUGAGGCGUUUGAUAUUGGCCGCGAUG